AUGCGAUCAUUCUUGUUAUUCUUGGCGUCUCUGGCGCCUCUUACACCUCUUGUUUUUGCUUGGGGCGCUGUAGGGCACGAAACGAUCGCGACGAUAGCGCAGAUUCACCUCCACGACGGGGCGCGCGAGGCGGUCAAGGCGUUGUUGCCUGGACUCGGCCACCUCGGCCCCAUCGCUUCUUGGCCCGACCGAAUCAGGUUAGUAGAGUUGGUCCACUUAGGUAGCUACCUGGAUCAUGGGCCUUGACAGCUGGCGGGCUUGGCCCCCUCGAGAAGCCUGAACUGCGACUUGGGAUGACCCCGCGCCGCGGUGCUCCACACGUGGCUCGGCCCGCACACGUGGCUCGGCCCGCACACGUGACAUGCUUCGGUUCGAGCCCACUGACUGACCGCUUCCGUACCUGCAUCGACUCACAGAGGCUUGCCACAAUAUAGAUGGAGCGGCGAGUUGCACUACACCUCACCUCUGGGCGACUAUCCUCCCAGUACCUGCCACUUUGGAGACGAGGGCUGGAAGACCGAACACGAUGUCCUACAUGCGAUCGCCAACUACACCCAACGGCUCGCGGAUGAUCAUCUCGAGUGAGUUUUCCCGCCGGUAGAUCCCCUUCUCCACUCCAAGCGCACCGCCAAUGCUCACUUACAUGCCUGGUUCUCCGAUUUGGUAUAAUGCAGUGUCGAGGCACUAAAAUUCCUCGUUCACUUCGUCGGUGAUGUCCACCAACCUUUGCAUCUGACGGAUCGGGAUCGCGGUGGAAAUUCCGACAAUGUCAUCUUCGAAGGCCGACGAAUGAAUCUGCACUCCCUUUGGGACGGCGCACUCAUCACCAAGGCUGUCCGAGAGCAAAACAACUAUACGCAUCCACUCCCGGCGUACGUUGUUUAUCUAGAUUGAGGUAUCGACUUCUUUGCAUCACGUUUUGACUCCCCACGUCGAAAAUUCCGCAGCGCUCAAAUUGAGCAGUCCUUGAGGCACACGAUUUAUGGUGCGUGUUGUCAUACGUCAUGCGCAAAGCUCAGAAAGCUUGAAGUAUACUCUGAUUUAUCUAAUUUCGUGAAUUUCUGCCUGCUCCAAAGACCCCUACAUCCGUCUGAUCCUCUGGGAAGGCGUUCGCAUCUGGUGGCGUGACGCCCUUCCCUCUUGGUUUCUCUGCCCGAAAUCCGCGUCCCCUACUGAAACGCAUCAGCGGCGCAACCAGAUUCGCUUCGAAACCUCUUCCUCUUCCUCGCCUCCCGAAUUCCUCGCUCUCGGAGUUUGCCCUCAGAGUUGGGCCAAAGAAACGCAUCAAACGACGUGCGCGAGGACAUUCCCACCCGAUUACGAUUCCCAGCACCCGAUCCCGAGGGAGCUCAACACCAAGGAGUACUACGGCCCUAUUCGAGGUAUGUUCUUCGUUGGGUCUGCCGAGGUUCUACGCUCCGAUUUGACCCCGACAUCCGAAUUCUCGCAGAGUCAAACAUCAUCGAGAAGCUCCUCGCCCAAGGCGGGUUGAGGCUGGCGGCAACCUUGAAUGCGAUCUUUGCCGACGCGAACAUGCAAGCCACUUCGAGUCCCGUCAACUUGUCCUGGCUGGAAGACGUCGAAGCUUAG